AUGGUUGAACUAGAACUCGAGAUUCCUAGCGCUUUCGAUCCAUUUGCCGAUGCCAAAGAGUCAGGUGGCGCAGGGGCCAAACAGUACGUGCACGUUCGUAUACAGCAAAGGAAUGGAAAGAAGAGCUUGACUACAGUUCAAGGUCUGCCUAAAGAGUUGAGCUACGAAAGGAUCCUCAAGACUCUCAAGAAAGAUUUCUGUUGUAAUGGGAAUGUUGUGCAGGACAAGGAGCUUGGCAAGGUCAUUCAACUCCAAGGUGAUCAGCGCAAGAACGUCCAGAAUUUCCUUGUUAAUCAGAACGUUGUGAAGAAGGACCAGAUCAAGAUUCAUGGUUUUUGA